GGCAGUCAAACGUCUUGCAACCGAUACAGUCGUACCUCAGCGCUCUGCCUGUGAGGAAGCGGUUCGCUCGAAAGCAAAGGGUAGUUUCUCCAGCGGUGUGCACUAGAACGUGCUGAGUGUGUGAAAAAAAACUGUUUGUGAAAGUACUUUAAGUGUCACAGUGUAGCAGCUAAUCAGUGUCACCUAAAUAUGGCUAAAGUUCCGCGUGUACUGGCGAUGACGGCUACCGCCGUCGCUCUAGCCUGUCUGGCCGGUGUUGUGCAGAGUCAUACGUACAAAACCGGCGACUGUCCGUCGGUUGAGCCGAUGAGUGGUUUUAGCAUGAAGCAGUUUCUCGGCAUCUGGUACGUUAUCCAGAAGACGGGCACCGCCUCAACCUGCGUGAUCUACAACAUUACCAAAAACCCGGACACCCCGGACGAGUACUUUAUCGAGCAGAUCUCCCAGAAGGCACCGCUCUCGAUCGCACCCAUCAAGCACGAGUACUCGUACACCGGCAAGCUUACCGUGACCGACCGGGACGUACCAGCCCGAAUGACCGUACGGUUUCCCCUCAGCGUAGCCGGUUCCGCAAAGUUUGUCAUUUUCAUGACCGACUACGAUACGUACGCUGGGGUGUUCUCGUGCCAGAAGAUUCCGUUCGGCCAUCGGCAGAGUGCGACCCUGCUGUCCCGUACGCGCGAUUUGGACAAAAUCUACGUCGACAAGAUUCGCACCCGAUUGGCUUCGUACUCGGUGGAUCCGUUCGAUCUGAGCAUCGUCAACCAGACCGGCUGCCCGAAGGAGGGCGAAGCCGGAUGGAAUAUUCACAUCGACCCGGACACCUUCUCGACGCGCAACAUUGCAAACGCUUUCCGGAAGGCGGGCGAAGCGAUCGGCGACGGUUUCGAGGCUGCAGUGAACGCCGGCAAAAAGAUCUACAACAAAUAUCGCGAUGGAGACAGUGACGAGAUGGAAGCCGAAGUGGUAGAAACCGGAACCUACCGUUCCGAACGACUGAUUAAUGCAGCCGAAUGGUUACCGUAAGCGGACUGUCAUAGAACAAACAUUUCCAAAAAUCGUGACUCGUUUCAAUUUGUACUGAUUAACUUAUACGAUGUGUCAAUAAAUGAAAUUGAAAUCUCCUCGAA